ACUUGAUAUCUCUUAUACCUACGACAUCCAUCUCACUGCUUACUAUACUCCGUCUCAAUUUAAUACCCCGCUAAUAGUUUGCUCAUACCAUCGUCUCUCCGUCCCCUACCUAUAUCGAAUAAAGUCUUAUCUCACCCCAACAUGCUCUCAUAGGCACACAAUCCCCCCUCUUGCUAAUCGCCACCUCUUUCUGCUCACAUCAUUCAUCCGCUCAUAGUGAUUGAAGACGAGGAAUGAGCAAACGUAAAUGUCCCACUGCCAAUUUGGCCACCGGUCCACACGCUCUCAGUUCUUUCGACGCCGCUCUCGACCUUUUGGCAUGCGAGACAUUCUCCCGAGUCGAUGCCCUCGCCGCUAAUUUUCAGGCCUGCGUGGGGGUCAAGUUACAAGAUGGUGUUGUCAGGACUAGUUGGGAGGAGGCGGUGAAGAGGUACUGGCUCAUGAAGAAUAUGGGAGAGUUAACUUGUUCCUCCGCGUUGAAGAAGAAUGAGACGGUCAAGGUAGAGUCUGAAGCAAAGGCGACAGACGACUUCCUGAUCGCUCUUGAUAGAGAUUGGGGGGAACACCGAGAGAGGAGGGAUGCCGGAGGAAGAGCUCUACCAGAUAGUGUAUAUCCGGGAGUAGUGGUGGUACAUGGUUUGUGUCCCAAUGAGGAAGCACAGUGGAGGAGAUGGCAACCCAAAGUUGGUGAUAUCGUUUUGGUUGAUACCCGUGAAGAUGGCCAUUGGCCCGGCAAAAUUAUCGACAAGAAAACCUUCUAUUCCGGUAGAUCGCCACCAAGAGGGAAUCACUUUUUCCCUGUGCGCAUUUAUAACGACCAAAUGUCACCAACCGUGACUAUCAAAUCUCGCCUCAUCCCACUAAGCCUUCGAUCCGAUCCUCCUCUUCUCGCCUCACCUACCCUUCUUUCAGCAUAUCAUCAUGCCGCACAUCCCGAGUCCUUCGACCUCAGGGCUUCAGUCGCCGAAGCUCAGGCAGCACAGGAUCGUACUCGUUCUGGUGAAUGGGAUGAGGCUUCUCGACAAAAGGCCAAGGCGGAUAAAGAAGCGUGGAAUCAACUUGUCAACUGGGUCAUGAACGAGCGGCGCGUAGAAAAGCUGCGCGUGGUCAAUGAAGAACGGCGUAAAAGACUUGCUGAAGUUUCACAAUCGCCUUGUCCUCCUUCCUGCGACGAAACCAAAUUGGAGGAUGGGAUUGAAGAUUGUUUCCAAAAACGUGCCCGACACGAAUCAUCUUUUACAAGUGAUACAGAGAGUGUCUUCAAGUCAUCUUAUCCAAAUGGAAACUUUUCGUCCACCUCCUCUGGUUGUGGAGUAAGCAUCUUCGGUCCGGCUGCCCUUUCCCCUAGUCCCAGUACAACCACCUCCACUCGUCGUACAGUCUCUCCAUUAUCUGCCUCAUCUUACAUCCGGCCUGCACUUUCCACACCUCAAAGACCUCGAUCCCCUCGUCGACUGGACAAACGUCGUACCGUCUUCUCCGCAGUCGGAGAAUUUUUACCACGAGGAAGAGGAGGUACUUAUACCCCUCCGAGAAUUCUUCCAUCAGGUGAUGAAACAGCUCCUGGCUCAUCGGAAAGUAUAUCACCCGUGCCCAGUAGACAAAAAUUCGACUUCGUUUCCCCUCUCGGACCGAAGAUGAGAGCCAAUAGUCUUUAUUCGGAAGAGGGUAGACCUCGUUUCACUCGUGCCGAUAGUUUGGGUGUUGGGACAGGUUUGGAAGUUGUGAAGGAAGAGCCGGAAGAGGGAUGGAUGAUGGUUGGACAACGAAAAAUGGGGAGCAAGAGAGCAGGCUCGGCUCCGUGUAGAGAAGCGGCGAGUGAGAUAGGUGGGGAAGGGAUGGAAGGAGUGGAGAUGAGACGAAGGGGAAUGGUCGAUGUGGGCAUGGACAUGUAGGUUGGUGUUGUAUCUACUUUUAUUCUACCUUAUGAAAUGGUUCUGGUUC